UCCUCACGGCUCGGUCACCAGCCGGGGCUCGGGCCCGGGCCCGGGCCCCCGGGGCAUGGCCCUCCGGAGUGCUCAGGGUGAUGGUCCCGCCUCCAGCCGCUGGGCCGGCGGCACACUGAAGGCAGACUUUAACGCCAAGAGGAAAAAGAAAGUGGCAGAGAUAUACCAGGCUCUGAACAGCGACCCCACUGAUGUGGCUGCCCUUAGACGCAUGGCUAUCAGCGAAGGAGGGCUCCUGACAGAUGAGAUCCGUCGAAAAGUGUGGCCCAAGCUCCUCAACAUCAACACCAAUGACCCACCUCCUCUAUCAGGGAAGAACCUACGGCAGAUGAGCAAGGAUUACCAACAAGUGCUGUUGGACGUCAGGCGAUCUUUACGACGAUUCCCUCCUGGGAUGCCAGAUGAACAGAGGGAAGGGCUCCAGGAAGAGCUGAUCGAUAUUAUCCUUCUCAUCUUGGAGCGGAACCCUCAGCUGCACUACUACCAGGGCUACCAUGACAUUGUGGUCACGUUUUUGCUGGUGGUAGGCGAGAGGCUGGCAGCAUCCCUGGUAGAAAAAUUGUCUACCCACCACCUCAGGGAUUUUAUGGAUCCAACAAUGGACAACACCAAGCAUAUAUUAAACUAUCUGAUGCCCAUCAUUGACCAGGUGAAUCCAGAACUCCAUGACUUCAUGCAGAGUGCUGAAGUGGGGACCAUCUUUGCCCUCAGCUGGCUCAUCACCUGGUUUGGGCACGUCCUGUCUGACUUCAGGCACGUCGUGCGGUUAUAUGACUUCUUCCUGGCCUGCCACCCUCUGAUGCCCAUUUACUUUGCAGCUGUGAUUGUGUUACACCGUGAGCAGGAAGUCCUGGACUGUGACUGCGACAUGGCCUCGGUCCACCACCUGCUGUCCCAGAUCCCCCAGGACCUGCCCUACGAGACGCUGAUCAGCAGAGCGGGAGACCUGUUUGUUCAGUUUCCGCCGUCCGAGCUUGCUCGGGAGGCAGCUGCGCAGCAGCAAGCCGAGAGAACCGCAGCUUCUACCUUCAAAGACUUUGAGCUGGCAUCCGCCCAGCAGAGGCCUGACAUGGUGCUGCGGCAGCGCUUUCGGGGACUUCUGCGGCCUGAAGACCCAACAAAAGACGUCCUGACCAAACCAAGGACCAAUCGCUUCGUGAAACUGGCAGUGAUGGGGCUGACCGUGGCGCUUGGAGCGGCUGCUCUGGCUGUGGUGAAAAGUGCCCUGGAGUGGGCCCCUAAAUUCCAACUGCAGCUGUUUCCCUAAAAGCCAGAGAAGAUGCUUCCUUUAUGUUAAAUUAA